UCUGACGUUGCUAACCCCAGCAAACAGGAAGACUAGGAGCUGAAAGACAAAAAAAAAACAGCACUGACACCAGUUGACAGCGUUAACCUAAGUAGUGCCUGCUGCCAAAAUGUUUAUGAAGGGGAUGAUCAUGGGAGGCAUCUUCUGCCUGGUGCUGUCCCUCCUGGCUAGUUUCAACCCAAGCACUGAGCACACGACAGAGGAUCACCAUCACCAUCACCUCCAGGCCCCAAGUAAAGAUGAGCUGAAACACUUCUCACAUAGUCAGAUGGAGGAUCUGAGCAAUCAAGUCCGGGUCUAUUGCAUAAUCAUGGUCCAGCCCAAGAUCCUUGUUUACUGGGCUGCGGCUAUACACACCUGGAGCAAACACUGUGAUAAGGCUGUGUUUUACACCUCAGAGGCUUCAAAAGCACUUGAGGCAGUAGAUCUGAAUGAAAAAGAUGACUGGGCAAGGUUACGUAAAGCUUUGACACAUGCGUAUGAGAAUGCCGGAGACCUGCGCUGGUUCUUUGUGGCACAACCCACUACAUUUGCCAUUAUUGAGAACCUCAAAUACCUGCUGCUCACAAAGGAUCCCAAUGAACCCUUUUACUUGGGGAAUGCUGCAAAGUCAGGGGAGCUUGAUUAUGUGGUGUAUGAUAGUGGCAUUGUCCUUAGCUACGAAGCUCUGAAAAGGCUGGUAAACGUGUUCAAGGAUGAAGACAAAUGUCCAGAAAGAGGAGGCAGCCUGUGGAAUGUGGGUGAGGAAAAGCAGCUUGCUAUGUGUCUAAAAUACACAGGUGUGUUUGCAGAGAACGGAGAAGAUAUCCAUGGAAAGGGCCUGUUCAACAGUAAGAGUGUCGAAAGCCUGAUAUCGGACAGCAUGCAGGCCAACCCCACAAAUGUGGUGGAGGGCUGUUGCUCUGAUAUGGCAGUCACAUUCAACGGGAUGUCACCAGAUCAGAUGCAGGUUAUGAUGUUUGGAGUUUACAGACUCCGUCCUUAUGGACACGAUUUUCAUGACCUAUUACUAUUUGACCCUCCUGUGGGCUCAAACAAUGACUAGACUCAUUCCUUAUGGUGGGAUGUGGGAUUUUAAUGUUUUGCUUCUGUGAUGGCAGACCUAACUUUGGGGAGGAGGUUUUCAUAUGUUGAGAAUAAAACUUGAUCCUGGGUGAAAAUCUAAUGUAUAUUUGUACUUUUUGCACUCGGCACAAUCAGAAGCCCAUUACUUUGUGGUGUAGAUAAACAGUAGAUGGAUGUGCCAUCUUUUGAAUGAACAUGGUACGAGAUUAGAUUAUGUAUGUUUUGGUCAUUGUAAUAUUGUUAUGCAUCUUAAAUGUUUGCCUUUUUGUUUCUAAAAUUAUUUAACUGUUGUAAGUGUGUGGUCUGCAUAACCUCAUUAUGACGGGGCUUUGUUCUCAGAGAAUAAAUUACACUGUUUAUUUAAUGAUUAUACUGAAGCACCAAUAAUCAGUACUGAGUCAAAGAUGUAUCAUGAUACUGUCCAGUUCCAUAUGAAGUUUCAUUCUUGCCAUGAUUUGUUGGGUUAUCUUAACAUGUGAACAAUUUACCUUAGAGCUAAAUGGAAAAUAAUACCUCAAUGCUGACUUAUGGGUAAAUUAUAUUUCUUCUGGUACACAUACAAAAGAUUUUUUAAAAUCAGUAUAAGUAAAUUUUUCUGCUGACAUUUCAAAAAUAUGUGAGCAUUAGAGAGGGCUUGUUUUAAAAAGUGAGACUUUGAUAUAAUAAAAAUAGGUUUGUUAACUGUUAGAAGGUGAAAAUAAAGCAGGUAUCUUUCCUGCUGUUGAUCUUAAGCAUACUGCAAAUGACUUUGGUCAAGGGAAAUAUUUGUACAAAUAAAGAACUGCUUUAUUAAGCUCUCUACAUUAUAUAACAAUGAAUGUAUUCUACUGCAGACACACUGGGGCCACUGUUUUAUAUAAGGAUAAUUUGUGACAGUUGUGAGGUACUUUCAUUAUCUACAUUGAUUUGAUGCCAUUUCACACAUGUAUACAUUUUAAAGAGUGAUAUUGGACUUUUUAGUGCCUGAUGUAUCUGACAGGUGUUGUUACUUUUCAGAAUUAUAUUUUACAUUCAUAAAAUAUAAUUCAGUGCUUGACUAUUCAGCUGACUACUGGUGUCUGACAAAUCGCAACAUUAAAGUGUCCAAUAAUACAAUGCAUUGUUAACACUGAAAUAAGUUAAUAAAAUGUUUCUGAGUGUAAAUCCCUGGACACCAA